GAACAGUAAUUAAUUCAAUAUAUUGGAUUGAAUCUUUGUUUCUAUACUUUUUAGUAUGUUUUGAUUGCAGGCUUUAUUGGUUUCUGAUUUUGGCCCAAGAAUCACCGUUAAGAUUGUGGAGAGCUUGCGUGAAGAUAUACUAGCAGGAAAGCUUAAAUCUGGAAGUGAAAUAAAGGAUGCAUUGAAGAAAAGUGUGUUGGAUUUCUUAACAAGGAAAGGGAAUAAGACAGAGCUUGAACUUGGUUUUCGGAAACCAGCUGUGAUUAUGAUUGUUGGUGUCAAUGGGGGUGGGAAGACAACAUCUCUUGGUAAGACACCUAAAAUAUGUGCCAAUGGGUUACUCACCUAGGUUCAAGAACUAUAAAGGAAGAGAGCCCAACCACAAUUAUUUUGACAUAAUUUAGGUCUAAAAGAGAACUCUUGGUGAACACAUUUAGGUGAUAUAUCCGUAUUUUUGUCAAGGUCUGUUUUAUAGUAUCCAUGUAGUUAUGAAUAUCAAUGCAACCGUGCAACCUUAUAGAUCAUAAUUGGUUUUGAAAAUACUGGAAAAGGUAAGUUAGCUGUUUCCCCUUUUUAAUGGAAACUUUAUAACAUACAUGUUUUUGACAUGUUUAUUUGCUUUCUGAGUUCUGAUAGUCUCAUCAACUACCCAUCCCAGGAAAGCUGGCUUAUAGACUAAAGAAGGAAGGUGUAAAGAUACUGAUGGCAGCAGGUGACACAUUCAGAGCUGCUGCCACUGAUCAACUAGAGAUAUGGGCUGAGAGGACUGGUUGUGAGAUCGUCAUAGCUGAACAGGAGAAUGCCAAAGCAUCAUCAGUUCUUUCACAGGCUGUGAAAAGAGGGAAGGAGGAAGGUUUUGAUGUUGUCUUGUGUGAUACAUCUGGACGUCUUCACACUAAUUUCAGCUUGAUGGAAGAAUUGAUAGCAUGUAAGAAGGCUGUAGGCAAAGUUGUACGUGGUGCACCUAAUGAGAUUCUAUUAGUUCUUGAUGGGAAUACUGGUUUGAAUAUGCUUCCACAAGCAAGAGAGUUUAAUGAGGUAGUUGGAAUAACUGGUUUGAUUUUGACUAAACUGGAUGGUUCUGCUAGAGGUGGCUGCGUGGUAAGUGUGGUUGAUGAGCUUGGCAUCCCUGUGAAGUUUGUUGGUGUUGGUGAAGGUGUAGAGGACCUCCAACCCUUUGAUGCAGAGGCAUUUGUUAAUGCCAUAUUUUCAUGAUUAAUAUGGGAUAUUUAUGUUGAAAAUGCAGCGACAAUUCAGCUUUUGUAGAACAACUAGACUUCUAGAUGGAGUUUAAGAUAUCUGAUCUCAAGAUUGCUUUUUUGUCACCAUUCCAGCAACUCUGCAUACAACCAAUUCGAAAGGGAUGUUUGCAGUAUAUGGUUGUGGGACAAGGUUGCUUUUAUCCAAGAUUUCUUUCGUAUUUUUUAGUGGGCAUGGAUGAUCAAAGAGGUAAAAGCUGAAGCCAAAAUCUUGCCUCCCUUGACGAGUGAUCAACUCACCAAUUUAAAGUGUAAUAUUGAAUCCAAAGCUGAUAUUAAGAAAACAUACAGACUCAUGGCUUACCAUUUUUAUUGAUGAUGGAUGGUGAUUUUGUGUAUUCUUUCCAAUAUUUAAAUCUUUUUUUGUUUGUUCCACUAGGACAUUUUCCUACCCUGCUUAUCUGUAGUCUGAUCCUAUGGUGGCGUAAUGCAGAAACACUCUGUAUGAGCAAAAACAGCAUAAGCUCUUGAAUUCUCAAAGAAUGCAUACUUUAUCUGGCUUACCCAAAGUGUGAAGUCAUAUAAACACUAACAGCUAUC